GUUAGGGUUUAUUAUGAGCUUCGUUCUCACUAACUUCAAAACCCUGUGAAACUACGCGCACUGUCUGAGCAGAGAGAAGAGAGCAAUAAUGGAGGCCAACGGAGGUGAGUCGUCUCGAAUUCUCCGCGAAAUUGAGAAUUUGAAGUCUGCGAAGAGUGAAAUCGAGCGCCAAAUAUCAGAUCUCGAAGCUCAACUUCGUGAUAUCGAUGAAAAGGACGAGACCAAGACGAAUUCGACUCGAUCGUGUCCUCCACUGUCAAACGGUGACUCAGGUUUUGGCCAUGGAUUGUCGCCCGAUAUGAUCUACAGAUAUAGUCGUCAGCUCUUGCUUCCUUCCUUUGGUGUUCAAGCACAGUCAAGUCUCUUGAAGGCUUCAAUUUUAGUUGUUGGAGCUGGAGGGUUGGGAUCACCUGCUCUUUUGUACCUUGCUGCCUGUGGUGUUGGUCGCUUAGGUAUUGUCGAUCAUGAUGUAGUUGAGCUUAACAAUCUGCACAGGCAGAUUAUCCAUACUGAAGCAUAUAUUGGUCAGUCAAAAGUGGAAUCUGCUGCUGCUGCUUGUCACUCGAUUAACUCUACUAUUCAGAUUGUGGAACACAAAGAAGCUUUACGUACAUCCAAUGCCUUGGAAAUUUUGAGCAAAUAUGACAUAGUAAUAGAUGCAACAGACAAUGCUCCUAGCCGUUAUCUAAUCAGUGAUUGUUGUGUGGUAUUGGGUAAGCCUCUUGUAUCAGGUGCUGCUAUAGGAUUGGAAGGGCAGCUUACAGUUUACAAUUACAAUGGGGGUCCAUGUUAUCGGUGCCUAUUUCCAACUCCACCUCCUACGACAGCAUGUCAAAGAUGCUCUGAUAGUGGUGUUCUGGGAAUCGUUCCUGGUAUUAUCGGCUGCCACCAAGCCCUUGAAGCUAUAAAGAUUGCAAGUGAUGUUGGUGAACCACUCUCAAGAAGGAUGCUUCUUUUUGAUGCAUUGACUGCACGGAUUCGUAUUGUCAAGAUCAGAGGGAGGUCAUCACAAUGUGAAGUUUGUGGAGAAAAUGCAACAUUCACUGCAAAGCAAUUUCAAGAGUUUGACUACGAGAAAUUCACACAAUCUCCCCUGUCCAUGACUCCAUUGAAGCUAGACCUGCUUCCUACAGAAGCUAGAAUAAGCAGCAAGGAAUACAAGGAGAGAGUUGUUAGAGGAGAACCACAUGCAUUAGUUGAUGUACGACCAGCACACCACUUUAAAAUCUCGUCUCUUCCCAACUCCAUGAACGUCCCACUGUCAAGUUUGGAGGCGAGAUUGCCUGAAAUAUCUUCAGCCUUGAAGAGAGAGGAGGAGCAUGCUUCUCUAUAUGUAGUAUGUAGAAGAGGUAAUGAUUCACAGAGGGCCGUUGAUUACCUUCACAAGAUGGGUUUCACUUCGGCAAAGGAUAUCAUUGGAGGACUUGAGUCAUGGGCCCAUGACGUUGAUCCGAAUUUCCCCACCUACUAGUAAGCAUUUGUAAUCCAUUUUUGGGGUUUUAUAUACUUUUUAUUGUAAUCCUUAAAAGGUUAAUUAUUUAUUACAUGCUUGUUGACUUUGAUGUGUAAUUUAUUUCAUAAUCUACUUCCAAGAAGAUCAAAGCUUCGUAACUUGGUUUGGC